AUGGAGCGGCUGAGAUCCCUUGGCACAGUUGAGUGGGCAGUGGAGGCUAUCGGAGGGACAACCGAUUUAACAAGACGUGCUGAUUGGAAAGAUAUGAGUAAAAUAGAAGAUCCUGAUUGUUUUGCAAUUAAUCGUACAGUGGAAAAAACGCUUGAUACUUACAAAACGUUGUUACGAGCCGAUGGUGAGUUGGAAAAAACUACGGGAGAUUACAAUGUUGCAAAUCUGUUACGUAAUCUUAGGCGUAUGUUACAAAUCUGGUAUCGUCAUACUGGUCGUAAUUACAAGUUAUAUGAAGGUUGCGAACCCCAGUAUCUAUCAUAG